UCCACCACAAAAUACAAAUCUCACCGCCCACUAAACCUCCACUUUCUUCAUUAUUCAUAUACUUCCGGCCCCAUGGCAUUUUCUACACUUUCAGCUCCGGCGACGCAGCUCAUCGCUGCUCACUCCUCCGCCCACAACCACCCAAAGCUCCUCCACACUCACUCUCUCUCCGCCGCCGCCUUCUCUUUCCCCGCCACCCACAACGGCCAUAGUAGCAGUGGGCUUGCCAGCAUUUCCGCCCCUUGCAAAUGGAGAGCCAGUGUUUCGUUCUUCCCAGGCUUCUUGAACUUGAACAAAACCAAAGACCCAGAGCCCAUCAAAGAAGAACUCUUUGAAGCUCUUGCGCCACUUGAUCGUGGCGCGGAUGCCACUCCUGAAGAUCAAGAAAAGAUUGAGCAAAUUGUUCGGAAGCUGGAAGCAGCCAAUCCGACAAAGGAGCCACUGAAGUCUCCUUUCCUAAAUGGCAAAUGGGAACUUAUAUACACAACUUCACAAUCGAUUCUCCAAACGAAUAGGCCAAAGUUCUUAAGAUCAAGAACAAACUACCAAGGAAUCAAUGCUGAUACACUUCGAGCCCAGAAUUUGGAAUCUUGGCCAACUUUCAAUCAGGUGACAGCAGAUUUAACACCAGUAAAUGCAAGCAAGGUGGCUGUCAAGUUUGAUUACUUCAAAAUCGCAGGCCUGAUACCAAUAAAAGCUCCUGAUACAGCUCGCGGCUCGCUGGAUAUUACUUACUUGGACAAAGAACUGAGAGUAUCAAGAGGUGAUAAGGGCAACCUGUUCAUCCUUAAAAUGGUGGAUCCCUCUUACAGAGUCCCUGUCUGAAUUCGCCUCUCCAGUACAGCAUAUGAGGAGAUGUUCCAGAUUUUGUUGUACUCUGGUUUCUGUAACCUAUAUAGAGAAUUUUUGAACCACCAAAAACAAACUCAGACAUUAUAUAAGA